AUGGCGGCGGCGGCGGCAGCGGCGGCGAUAGCGGCGGAUGAAGCAGAGCGGACGCGGGGUCGGCGCGCUGCCCUCUCCUUCGCCGCCAUCGCCGUGGUGCUGGGGCUGCCGCUGUGGUGGAAGACGACCGAGACCUACCGCGCCUCCCUGCCCUAUGUGGACAUCGACGGACUGGGCCAGCUGCCGUUCCAGCUGACCGUGCCCGUCGCCGUGGUUUUCGCCCCGGGGUCGGUGCCCGGAGACCUGCCGAAGCCGCUGCCAUUCAGGGACGUGCAGGAGAUGGAGAUUCCCAUGAAUUUGAGAACCAGUGUCAUGUCCCGCUAUGAGAUCAUCUAUCGCAUCACCACGGCUCAGGAGGACGUAGCACUGCGUGCGGCUACUGCACAAGAGGCUGAUGCUGCUCUGCACCCGCUGCAAGAUGCCUUGUUGGGCUCUCUGACCACAUAUGUGGUCCCUGAGACCUCCUCUCUUCUGCCUCAGGGCAUCAACAUCUAUGUGGGGAAGCACCGCAGUGCCCUGGUGAGGGCUGGAGGGGGCCUGGCCACCCUCCACACCCGUCUCCAGCAGCUCACACAGGUGAUGUCCUUCACAUCCAGCUCCAUUGCUGCUGCCCUCUCAGACCGCGUGCCUGACGGCCAGCUCGGCUCUGAUGCCCGCCGGCACUUGAAAUCCAGCCUGGGGUAUGAGAUCACCUUCAGCUUGUUGAACCCUGACCCCAAAUCUCACACUGUGGACUGGGACAUUGAGGAUGCUGUGAACUGUUAUGUGCAGCCUGUCCUGGACAAGCUGAGCUUGGUGGCCAAUUUCUCUGUUGACUCACAGAUCCUAUACUAUGCUGUCCUAGGAGUCACACCACGCUUUGAUAAGGAGUCCUCCAGUUUCCUUCUGAGCGCUCACAGCCUCCCGCAUGUCAUCAACCCUGUGGAGGCUCGACUGGGCUCCAGCGCUGCCUCACUGUACCCUGUGCUGAACUUCCUGUUGUAUGUGCCUGAGCGCUCCCACACCCCUCUGUACAUCCAGGACAAGGACGGAGCCCCAGUGAGCACCAACGCCUUCCACAGCCCCCGCUGGGGUGGCAUCAUGGUUUAUAAUGUUGAAACCCCUGCUUCACCCCAAGCCUCCCUCCCACUGCAUGUGGACGUGGACAUGGUGCGAGUGAUGGAAGUUUUCCUGGCCCAGCUCCGGUUACUCUUUGGGUUAUCUCGGGAAGAGCUGCCUGCUGAGUUCCUGAUGGAGAGCCCAGGGAACGAGGUACUGGCUGACUGGGAGUUGGACCGCCUGCUCUGGGCCCACACCAUAGAGAACAUUGCCACUGUGUCCACCACCUUGACAUCGCUGGCUCAGCUGCUGGACAAAAUUGGGAACAUUGUCAUCAAAGACGAUGUUGCCUCUGAGGUGUACCGAGCGGUGGCCUCAGCGCAGAGUGCCAUGGCCAAGCUGGCUGCGGGACACCUGCACUCGGCUUUCCAGGCCAGCAAGGAGGCAGUCACCUCCUCAGAGAGGGCCUUCUUUGACCCAUCUCUCCUCCAUCUCCUCUACUUCCCCGAUGACCAGAAAUUUGCCAUCUACAUACCACUUUUCUUGCCUGUGGCUGUCCCCAUCCUCCUCUCUUUGGCCAAGAUUGUCCGGGAGACCAGGCAGCGUAAGAAGGAGCCCAUCAAGACGGACUGAGCCCAUGAGCAAUGACUGUGUGGGGGCUGGAGUUGUCCCUACCUUGUGGAGCCAUGUUGUCAUAGACUCAUGGCCCUCAGAAGGGUGUCAGGGCUUUGCCUGAUAGUUUGGCUUGAGCCUACCAUGGCUGAGAUGCAGAAGUGGGAAGAGAGGCUGCUUUAAGAGGGGGGAGAUUCUCUCAGUUUGGGUUCUGAGCCCUUUACCCAGAAAGGCAGAGGUCAGAGAGGAGGGAGG